AUGAGAUCAAGGCAGCUGGUGUGCGGAAUCUGGAGUCUGUGUUUCACGUUCUGCCUCUUCUGCAUCUUUCUUCACCAAACCACAGCUAAAAGAAAACUGAAGUUCGUGUCCGUAGUGUUCCACCACGGCGAUCAUACCCCACAGGAGUUUUUUCCAACUGACAAGCACAAAGAAAUUGCAAGGCAGCAUGGAUACGGACAGCUUACCAAGUUCGGCAUACAGCAACAGUAUGAGCUUGGACAGUUCAUGCGGAGAAGAUAUUCCUAUUUCCUGAGCGUUGUUUACAAACGGUCUGAGAUUUAUGUUCAGAGCACUGACUGUGAUCAAACGCUUAUGAGUGCUCAGGCAACUCUUGCUGGGCUGUAUCCACCAACACAGGGACACAUUUGGAACCCCAGAAUCCUUUGGCAGCCGAUUCCAGUUCACACAGUGCCAUUGUCACAUGAUAAUUUGCUAUAUGUACCUUUCUCACACUGCCCAAAAUACAAUGAGCUUCUGAGAGAAACUUUUGCAACAAGAGAUUUCCAGAAGCAGCUCAAGCAGUACAGGUCUUUUCUCAAGUUUUUAGCCUCUCACACUGGAUACCCACUGAAGAAAUUGAACAGCGAAAGAAUUUUGAGGAUCUCUGACACUUUACAAUAUGAGGAUAUUAACAAUUACACUUUACCUGCUUGGGCUACUCAUGGUGUCAGGACCAAGCUGAUAAAGCUCUCAGAGUUGUUAUUGCAGGCGGAAUUUGGGUUCCACAAACAAAUACAGAAAUCACGUUUGCAGGGAGGUCUUCUUUUAAAAACUAUCCUAAAGCAUAUGUCAGAUGCUAGAAAGCCUUCACACCAUCAAAAAAUGAUUAUAUAUUCUGCGCAUGCAACCACUAUUGUUGCCUUACAGAUGGCACUCCAUGUUUUCAAUGGGAAACUGCCUCCUUACAGUGCUUGUCAUUUCUUUGAACUCUACGAGGAAAAAAAUGGGCAAUACACCAUAGAAAUGUACUAUCGGAAUAAUACUUUGAGAGAUCCCCACCCUCUCACUCUCCCCGGCUGCAGUUUUCGUUGUCCACUAGAGAGAUUUACUCACUUGGUCUCCCCAGUCCUCAUACAACAUUGGACAAGAGAAUGUAGGAUAUAGGACAUAAAAUGAGGUGCUGCCUCCAGGAAAUUCAGCGUGAUUAGCUUUCAAAACAGUUCCUCCCACACUGUGAUGUUACUACAGUCUGAAAUUUCUCAUUAACUUCC